CAGUGGCACCGAGCCCCACCUCCCCGAGUUUGCCCUCCUUCCUCCAGUUUGACUUCCUGGAGGUGGAAUGAGGAGCUGCCUCCCUAGCUCCGGUCCCCAGCGCACACACGAUGGGACUCACGCCGCACCACGGGGCCUCGGUCGUGGUCCACGUGGGUUCGGUGGAUAAACCCGGGCUGGGGAUCAUGGCGGGAACAGAGACUGGGGACGCCGCAGCAGGAGCCGAGGCCCCUCAGCCUCAGAAGCGCUACUAUCGGCAGCGGGCUCACUCCAACCCCAUGGCGGACCAUACGCUGCGCUACCCUGUGAAGCCAGAGGACAUGGAUUGGUCUGAGCUAUACCCAGAGUUCUUUGCUCCACUGACUCAAAAUCAGAGCCACGAUGACCCAAAAGAUAAGAAAGAAAAGAGAGCUGAAGCCCAAGUGGAGUUUGCAGACAUAGGCUGUGGCUAUGGCGGCCUGUUAGUGGAACUGUCACCGCUGUUCCCAGACACGCUGAUUCUGGGUCUGGAGAUCCGGGUGAAAGUCUCAGAUUAUGUGCAAGACCGGAUUCGGGCCCUACGAGCGGCUCCUGGAGGUGGUUUCCAGAACAUCGCCUGUCUCCGUAGCAAUGCCAUGAAACACCUUCCUAACUUCUUCCGCAAGGGCCAGCUGACAAAGAUGUUCUUCCUCUUCCCUGACCCACAUUUCAAGCGGACAAAGCACAAGUGGCGAAUCAUCAGUCCCACGCUGCUGGCAGAAUAUGCCUACGUGCUGAGAGUUGGGGGGCUGGUAUACACCAUAACUGAUGUGCUGGAGCUACAUGACUGGAUGUGCACCCAUUUUGAAGGGCACCCCCUGUUUGAGCGUGUGCCUCUGGAGGAGCUGAGUGAAGAUCCCAUUGUGGGACAUCUGGGCACCUCGACCGAGGAGGGAAAGAAAGUUCUACGCAAUGGAGGAAAGAAUUUCCCAGCUAUCUUCCGAAGAAUACAGGAUCCCACCCUCUAGGCAGUGACCCCCAAUCCUACCCUUCCUGAUCACUGACUUUGCCUUUGCUGACUUUGCCUUAGUUGGACCCCAUCUUCCAGGGACUGGAAAGAAGACUGGGCCCUUGGACCUUCCGAGCUGAGCCUCCUAGGGCUGAGCGGCAACAGUCUCUCAAAGAAGUUGAGGAGCUGCCCAGGGCAGAACCCUGGAGUUCAUGACCACCCCUGACUCCUCUCACCUUCUCACCCUUCCAGUGGCAGCAGAAAGCAAAAGCAGCUGACUGGGAAGGUCACAAGACCUUGGACCAGAAGGGAUCUUUGGAAGGGAGUGGAAUCUUGCUCUCCCUUAGCAGUCCCUUCUCCUGGGAUUUCUCCUUCUCAGCUGGAGUGAAGAACGCAGUUCUCCACUGUCCAUCUAAACUGCCUUCUAAGCUCAAAUCACCUGCCCACUCGUGUUUACUUUGCAGUUCAGGGGGUAACGUGUAUGUGUGCACAUCCCAUGCUGCUGUUUCUCAGGAAAGGCUAGAGUGUGUAUCACUCCUGUCCUCUCCCUGCCUAAGACUUGACCUGGGGAAUCUGUGUUCCGUUUAUUGUUACUGUCUCUGGAGAUCCUGGGAGGGUGUGGUGGUGGAGACCCUCUCCUUCUUCAUGUUGACCUUUGCUUUGAUCCCAGAACUUCAGAGCUGUCUUGCUGACACAGAGCCUGCCAGGGCCGGGGGCGCGGGAGUGAGGAGCAGAGGUGAACUGGGGAGGAUUCUGAGGCUAAAAGUGGAAAGGGGCUGCUGACUAGAAAGCCCCACAAAGGGGACUGAGUCAGCUGGAGAUUCAGAGCACUCGCUUAGCCCUUGCUCUGUCCAGGAGCCCAGAUAAAUCUCUCAACUUUU